UCCCUUCCAUUCGGAACUUAAACUAUAAUAUAACCGUACUUAUAAAUACUGCUGGCGUAAUAUAAGAGCGAGGAUUAGGCGAAGACUGAAAAAGGAGGGUGUAGCGCCGUGCGAAAUUGGCAAUAGUGUCCGUAUGAUGGCGGAUGGUAGCGCACAGUGCCAGUGAGGGAGAGUGCUUAAUGUUACUUGUCUGUCUCUGUGUUCAUUAUCAACCUAAACGGUCGUUGCGUGUUCUUUUGUACAUCUUAAGUGAACUCUCGGCCUUACCGAAGGGUCUCCAGCGUCUCUGCAGCGACCGCAAGUCACUGCAGGGGAAAGCUUAGGUGGAGAGCAGAAUGACACCAGGGAGACAGCAGAAGGCCUAAGGGAUUCUCCAGGAUGCCUCCUACCAGGGGAGGCCGUGACAUCCACUUCUGCCGACAUGUUGCUACCGCCCAUUGCCCUCAGGCGACCCUCUCUUUCACACUCUCUGUGUCCGAGGAUGUAGGUGUGUGAUUGCGUGCGACCUCGUGUGUCCCCAUAGCAUUUAAGUGUGCCCCCUCCUGCAGAAACUGAAGGGAAGCAGAAAAGACUGGUUCAGCCGAGGGAACCGACAACAAAGUUGCCUUCAGCCAACAGUGAAGAAGUUAUUUAUCAGACCUUUGGAAGAUAAGUCAGAAUCGCUCGUGGAGCCUAAAGGCAGAAUUUGAAAUUGUGCAGAAAAAAGAAAAAAAGGACCCACGUCAGAAUUUCGCUACCACUCCUCGCUCUGUGUUGGAAGCCUGAAAAGUGACGCCCGGCAGUUGUUAUCAGUUGCCGGAGAGAGAAACCAGACGAGUCAAUCGAAACUUCGGAAAGGGUUGUGAUCAUUUGGAGAGGUGUGCGAUCAGAAGGCAGUCAGUCGUUUUCCAUACUGAGAAUCUCCUGUGUUAUUUUCGUUCGUUGUGAACUUCUCGUGUGUCGUGGCCUUUCCUCUUCCGAGCAGUCAGAACUUGCUUUGGGCCACGUGCAUGGUGUACCCCCAGCAGCACGUGGCCAAGUGGCGUUGGGGGAAGUGAUAUAGUGUUAUCGUAGCCGCUCUAGCUAGCUAGUCAGUGUUGUGUGUGUGUGUGUGUAUGCGUGCGUGCAUCCGUUUUAUACAUUCUAGCCGGAGAUAGAAAGCGGCGAGAGAGAGAGAGAGAGAGGGGGAGAGAAAGAGAGUGAGUCCUUGUUUUUUGCCUUAUCCGAAGUCUUAAGAGUCGACCAGUGGAGACAACUCGAACUACUUCGCCGCCUCCUGCUGCGUGCCUUGUCAUGGCCAGGUGGCACUGAGCGCAGCCAUGGGUAUGGGUACGGGGCCCGGCGACGAUCGCAUCAUCAUCAUCAUCUUCCAUCACACGUCGUAAGAUCUGAGAAUGAGUUCAGCCGUCCUCUGAGAGCCUGCCUGGGCUGCUGGCCUCCCCUUGUGUGGGCCUGAGAGGGCGUGGUGAGGGUUGGUAUGGCUCGACGAGGUGGUGACGCGGCCAGGCAGGUGGUGGUGUCUGUAGUGGGCGUCUCUGGCGGGGAAAGAGAGAAGGGCGUCACUGGUCUUGGGAAAUCCUGUCUCUGUAACCGAUUCACCAGACAACAGGCGGAUCAGUAUUACAUGGACCACAUCUCCGUCCUCUCGCAGACUGACUUCAGUGGCCGUGUGGUAAACAACGACCACUUCCUCUACUGGGGAGAGGCCAUCCGCUAUUCGGACGAUGGCGUCGACUUCUGCUUUCAGGUCAUUGAACAGACCGAGUUCAUCGACGAUGCGUCUUUCAUGCCUUUUAAAGCCGGGAAGAUGGAUCCGUACAUCAAGCGGUGUUGUGCUACCAAGAUCCAGUCUGCAGAAAAACUGAUGUACAUAUGCAAAAACCAGCUAGGUAUUGAAAAAGAGUAUGAGCAGCGAGUUUUACCGGAUGGAAAGCUGAAUGUAGAUGGGUUUUUGUGUGUAUUUGAUGUCUCGCAAGUUCCAAAUCGGUCGCUAGAACGUCAGGUGGACAUUACUGCGUCGAUUCUUAACAACUGUCUCAAGACGAAGCGACCAGUUGUGCUUGUUACAACAAAAAAUGAUGAAGCAAAUGAGGUGUAUGUCAAGGAAGCUGAAAAGUUAGCGAGCAGAAAGGAGUUUAAAGGCAACAUUCCCCUGGUCGAAACUUCAUCUCAUGAAAAUGUGAAUGUAGAUAGUGCUUUUAUGACUCUGGCCCAUUUAGUUGAUCGUAAUCGUGGUCGAAUACGAAUUGUCCCAUUCUAUGAGGCAGCGAGACAUAGAAAAGAAAUCCUUGAUUUAGCAACAGAUGCCUUUUUAAGAUUAGUGCGCACUCAAGUUUUGGAUUAUCGGUCUGUAUGGGCCUCAACUAGUAAGAAACUUGCUCAAAAUGCAGAAUUUGUAAAUUACGUAGACCUUUUUGGGAUUGAUCAAGCUGCCAAACAGUUCCGACGACAUGUCAAGAAACUUAAAGACGAGUACCUCCAAAGGAAAGUUGAAGCAUACAUGGACAUGCUGCCUUCUAUCCUUCGGGAUUUCUUCCCUGAUAUACCAAGUUUGGAAGACGGGGAUUGGUUAAGUAUUCAGCAGAGAAUUUGUGACCAUCCCGACUUUGAUCGUUAUUUCAUACGAUGUAAUGAAGACAUCCCUUGGUCAGAAAACACAGAUCUCCUCGACUCUGCUGACACACGCAUUCCUUUUGAUGUCUUAGACUCAAAUGAAGCAGAAACAGUUUUUAAGAAUCAUGUUAAUGCUCUCCAAGCUGAGCUAGAGAUGAGAGAGAUGCGAGACAGAUUCAAAAUCCUACUAGCAGAAACGGGUUACGUGACUCCAGGAAAGAGAUUAGAUGAAGUAAGGGUUCUUUUCAUGGGUAGAGAGAGUUUUGACUCCCUCUCAGAGAAUGAUCGACAGUAUAUUUAUGACCAGCACCAAAAGGACAUCACAGAAAAAGCAAGACAAAAUUUCCAUGAGUUGUUAUUAGAACAGGCUGAGCUGUUUUACCAUGUGAAAAGUAUUGCACCAACUGGUACUAUAACACAAGACGAUAUUAGAGAAAUCACUCAGACACUACAAGAAGAUAGCAGGUAUAAAGUUUUGGAUAGGUUAGAAAGUGAAAGAACAUUGCUGCUUCUUCAGCAUCUUGGUUUCGUACAUUGUCCCAAGAAGGAACAUUGCCCAUCUUAUCCUAAUUGUAUGGAUUGCCUCAUCGAAAAGAUAAUUGCUAACAAAGCAGCUAAUUCAAGUAACAGUCGCCCAGGAUCAGGUACAUGGAGUGGUAAGAAUUUAGAUUAUGGUGGACGCACAGAUCCUCAGGUCAACUUGGUCUUAUUAGGAAACCAAGGAUUGGCGGACGAUCUUCAAAAUGUUGUCAGGUCUGUAUGUGAAGAUGAUGAAUUUGAAUUAGAAAAUCAAAUCUUCACAUUAGAUUACCGCAGCAUAGAUGGAGACGUAUCGUUACCGCAGAAUUCUUUUAAGACUCCAGACUUUGUUCCUCAUGGUGUUAUUUGUGCAUAUAGUAAUGAAGCAUCGUUAGAGUAUGUUAGAGAAUCUUUAGAAAAAUCCUUACUAACCCAAUUAGAAAGAGAGGAAUCCACCCCAACGCCUCCAAUCACCGUCCUAUUUGCCCCUGACCCUGAUUUAGACCAUAAUGCUGCACAACAGUUACAUGAUGAAGGGGCAAAUCUGGCUGAGAGUCCCCCUGGCAGCUUGCAGUGCACCUUCGUGGAUGUCGGGCCAAGUGUGGGUGGUGGCGAAGGCCGUAGAUUUGAUGCUAAUCUUGUGACAAAGGCUUUGAGGUCACUCAUCACAAGCAUUCAGCAUCGAAACCUGUCUCUUAACAUCUAUAAUUCGUCAGUACCGCCCAGAGACUCUCAGCCAGAUAUAAGAAUAAUCAUGUGUAUGUUAUGUGGAGAUCCGUAUUCAGUGGAAAAUGUACUUAGUCCUUUACUUAGUCACCAGUUGUGUAUGGUGACAGGAGAACAAUCCAUCUCCUUACAAACAUUCCUAGAUGACUGCAAACGUCGUGUGGAGGUUAUCGUAUCAUCUUACCAUGGUGCCAAUGCCUUUCGAGAAGACUUGGUGCAUGGGUUCAUAUUGGUGUACUCCACAAAGCGCAAGGCUUCCUUGGCCACACUCAGGGCUUUUUCUGCUAACAUUCCCAAUCUUCCUAUACAGAUUUUGGCAGUAACUGAAACUAGUAGUGCUUCUGCAUUUUUUGGUUCUGACAUCUCUCAGCAACUCAUAACUGAGGGUAAUGCCAUUGCAGACAGACUACAAGCGCAUUUCAUGACCUCCACUGCCACCUGCCAGCAAAAAUCUGCAUUUUAUACCCCCUUCUUCAAAGAGGUGUGGGACAAGAAGCCUGAAAUAGAGCAGGCAUUCAACAUGGAAGAUCCAUCAGGGUUGGAUGAUUCUGGAGAGGGGACUUUGGAACGCCCACCUCAUUACCACCGAAGCAUAACACUACCAACUCCAAGACGAAGCCUUCCCCCAAGAUCCCAGUCAGCAGAAGGAAGCAGUUCAGAAAUAUAUGAAACGGUGCCAACAGAUGGUUCUUUAGGUGAUGACCUAGAUGAGCCACUCUCACCUGUCUUCCCAGAUGAUCAGCAGCUAACUCCUUCUGAUGACUCGGACAUAUAUUCACACAUAGAUGAAGAAGAGCAAUUAGUGAAGCCUUCUCAGCUGAAGAAGCAGCACAGAUUUCAGCAAGAAUUAUUUCGUCAAUCUUAUCCAAGCACAGAGUCUCUGCCCACAACUGUGUCUUCCCGCUCCAAGGUUUCCACUCAGCCCUCAGACCUAGAGCCUACUUACCCUCCCCUGCCACCAUACCCUCCUCCUCCCCCCUCCACUUCACCACCCCCAUACAGUUUUGUAGCUCGCGAUCAUUCCUUUGAUGUUGGGAGUGGGGUACCAACCUACCACUCACGGGAUGGAGGAGCCUCCUCUCCUUCCCAGCGUGAUCGUCCUCCCCCUCCCCCUUACUCAUUUGCCCCUCGCACCUUGCCCCAUGACAUGAAUAAACCCCAGCCUGCCCCCAGACAUCAGUUCUUUAAGGCAGAGAGUUUGACGCUUGACCACGGGGGCUCAGACCAAGACUACCUCGUGAUGCCAGAGAGCGUGGACAGGGGUGGUCUACAAGUGUAUCCCCCUCCCACGACCCCCCCUGAGCCGGCUCCCCCUGACCGCGAGUGUGUUGAGGGGCCCCCACGCCGCUUGGUGAAGGCCACCACACUCCCCACACCCACUCUGCACUCAGCAACAUCUCGCACCUCCCUCGAUGACCUCACAUCAGACCUGAGUGGAUCACGCGACUCUCUCACCACACGUGACUCAGGUUGGGUAGAUGAUAGCAUAUGUCCACGACGUUCUGAUGAUUACUGGGGUGAAGGAUAUGUCUCACAAGCCUUUACGACUGGCCGUCGACCUAAACAUCCCCUGCCCCCUUCAAAACCUAGGCAGAAAACAAGUCAGACUUUGAAGACGUUCCAGACGCUGAGUGAGGCAGUGUAUCAGGUCACGAAUAAGCAACCUGGCAAACUAAACCUUAAGGCCUAUAGCAACGUGACAGAUGCAAUUGGCAAAAUAAACAUCAAAGAUGGUGGCCUGUUAACUUCUAAACUAACCAAAGGGGGAUCAAUGCACGCACCCCUUGCCACCCCUGAGAACAUGGACCUUGGCCCAGAUUAUGCUGCUCAGGUGAAAGAUGCUGUUCCGGGGCUAUAUGGGAGCUUUGAAGCAGGAGACUACUCAUACUCUCGUGUCCAAGAUAUACCUCCUACAGCUAGCACCAAGGCUCGCCGACAGCGAAGGGAAAAGGGGCGACAAGCGUACUCCGACUCAGACUCCGAAUGGAGUUCCCUUGAGCGACGUCGUAGUACUGAUUCCUACAAAGUCAACCGCAAAGCUGUGCCCAAGAGGAUGAAAAAGAAGCGCCUCCCGAUACCCGUAGCUGCCCCCCGUGUGCCCCCCCUACCCUCCUUCUAUGUUGCUGAGGGAGGACCUGGUACUCGGUAUUCGGAUGAGAGGCUUUUACUCGACCCCAGUGAAAAAGUUGCCCCAGGCAGCAAACACGAGGGUGACCACAUGUAUCGAGUAAUACCUGAAGAUGACUCAAGUCUUGAAGUAUCAUCACCUCGUGACCAGCAGUCACCAAUUCUUAUACCUGGUGCACCUACCCGGAAAGACACAGAUAAAACUGCUCGUAGAAAGCAAGAAAAGCAGAGGUCUCGAGAGGAAGCGCGUCAACGUGAAGAAGAAAGGAAAAGAGCAAAAGAUGAAGAAAAGUUGAAAAAAGCAGCUGAGAAGGAAAAGGAAAGAGAGAAAAAGAAGGCAGCUAAGGGUUCCCAAAAGGGUUCCCAAAAGGGCCCACCUGCCCCCACUCUAGAUGAUUUUGUCCAGGGUCCAGAACAACCUGUACCACUGUUCCUGGAAAAAUGCGUGGUAUUUAUUGAAAUGGAAGGCCUUGAUUCUGAGGGUAUAUAUAGAGUUCCUGGCAAUAAGGUGCAUGUAGAGCAGCUUACUACUAAAUUUAAGGAGGAUAAUACUGUAAACUUUGCAGAGCUAGAUAUUCCAGUAAAUGCUGCAGCUACAGCUCUUAAAGAUUACUUGAAACAGUUACCUCCGCUCUUGCCGCAAAACCAGUUACUAGACCUAACAACCAUAGCCAGCAUUGGAGAUAGAAGUUUAAGGCUGCUGAGAUUAAAAGAAAUGCUAACUGGCCUUCCGCGUGUCAAUUUUGAAGUUUUAAAAUUUAUCUUUCAGCAUUUUGUAAGGGUUGCAGAAAACUGCAAGUUAAAUUCAAUGGACAGCAAGAAUCUGGCCAUUUGCUGGUGGCCUACACUACUUCAUACGUUACAGUUCUCUGAUAUUAGUGAAUUUGAAUCGCAACGUCCUCACAUCGAAGACAUUAUACAGACUAUGAUAGAUCAGUUUCCCUUCCUGUUCCAAGGAAAAGAGGAUUAUGUCAUGGUCUGAUAUUAAGCAGUGUUUUCCUGGUAAACAUAACUCAGUUUGUUUAUGCUUAGCUGUGUUUUGUUAGCUCAGGUCAGAAUGCAACUUUUAAUAAACAAAGGAGCUUAUGUUUAACAUGAAAACUUGAGCCCUUCCUUUCCCCAACAGUAUCACCCAGAGCUGCAUAACCAACCAUUCCUGUGAGCUAGGAAUGAGCAGGUUGUUUUCGUCUGCCUGUAAAAGCCAACAUCUGGAUGCCAAUGUUAAUUGUUCCUGUUAAUAACAGUGAAAGAACUUCUGGCUACAACUGAGGAUACUAUUCUUGAGAAAUAUCAAGAAGUGCUUUAAGGUUGUGGCUUUCAAGUAGUGUAAUUGGUGCCCUCAAGUGUACUGGUGUGUGCUGUUUACAAUUAAAUGAACCUCUACCAAAGAAAUUAACUCACCAAAUAGUGAUGGUAUGGGCUAAGGGUCAAUUUGUUGUAUCAGCAAUAUUGACACCUUUAUAGUUUAUAACUUUCAAUCAAUUUUUAUUAGCCAUUUUUUACUGUCAUACUGGCAUAAGCUAUUGGUACUAAUUUUGUGAUUUAACGGCUGAUUACAGUACAUUAGUUGAUGAAACGUGAAGCAGUAUUCUAGCAGACAGUUUUGAAAUUAAAAGUAGUCAACAGAAAUGGUUUGAUAUUUUAACUUGCAGAAUUGCAGUUACAUUCGGUAAAGAAGCAAGUUUGAAAUAGUGUUUGAAAUGUCUGUCUAUCUACAGGGAUCUGAAAGUAUUGUCCAGACGUAAGUUUCCUUUCCUUGCUUGAUUAACUUAUAAAACUGGUUGUUAUUUAGGCUCUUAUGAAUUUAAAAAUUUAUUCCAAAUAGGUUAUUUUUUAUUUCCAUUUACUAUUGCUUUUGGAGCAAAAAUACCCUGCCAAAAGUCUAUUUUGCUUAACUGGGACAAAAUUCCAAGUAUUGUACCUGGUUAGUUUCAAACAUUCCCACUCGUGUAAUGAGUCCCAUGUGCCAUAAAUUCAUACGACAGUACUUUAAAGGCAGGUGUUUCUUUUUUUUCUUUUUUAAUCCACAGUCCACGGGCUUCAAUGUCCUUUAGAACCACUAAUAAUCUUCCCUUCUAUCAUCUUCAUCUUUUGUCAUUGGGGACUCCUUUAUAGUUCUUCAUCUGUAUCCAAGGUGUUAUAAAAAGUCCAGGUGUAGUAAAGAAAUGUAGUUUAUUCAGAUAAUGAAAAGCAGAUAACUUUUCUGUAAAAGCUUUUAAAAUGUUUUAAUAGAUGUUUCAGUGAGAGACCACCAAGAAGUUGGAUGGCAGUACCAGUCAUUCUUGUUAAAUCAUUAAUCCGCUGUGACAGGAACUCGCAACAUAUCACAUAGGGAAUUUGGCCGUGUGAAGCAUUCCAUUAUGCGCCAGUUACUGCUUCUCACUUACAUCCAUCAUUAGAAAGUCAUAUAUCCUGCCAUAUUAUAGCAGCAAUUUUGAGGUAAAUUAUUUUAUGACCUCAACUUGCAAGACAUCGAGUUUUCGGUGUAGUAUUUUAUUGUAACAGAAUCAGUAUUUUGAUUCUCUAGUUAACUGGCUGGUCAUUUUAAAUACAAUAAAAAUUUUUGAAAUUGAAUUUUUUAUAUAUCUGUUGUCUUAGAUUUUAAGUCCUAAGCAUUAGCUAUAGGUUUGUUUACAUAGUUUUUAUUUCUUGACUAUAUAUUGAUAACUGACCAAAUAAAAGUUGACAAAAAUGACUACAUGAAGUAUGAAUGGUAGUGCCAUAGUAGACAGAUGGCAAGGAGAGCAACAGUGCCAGUGCCACUGUCAAACAUUGUCUCAUAACCUAGUUGCUCCCUGUAUUUCAUUCGAUUUAUUUGCCUUGUUUAGUGUAAGCCAUGUGGCUACCAAGUGGUACUAUGUGUAAAUUUAGAGCUAUUGUGUGUCAUCAAGCUUCGAGUGGGUUUAGGAGCAAGCCAGGAUAUUUUAUUUAAAGAAAUGAAAUAUUAACAGCUAAUGUAUUGGACUAAGAACUCCCUUCAAGGCAGACUUGGUAGCAAAUGUGAGUGAAUAUUCUGCAUAAUAUUAAUUGCCUUGUACAUUAUUUUGAAUGAAUGGGUACUUUUUCUUAGACAAAAUUAAUUUCCCCAUUAACAAUUUCAUUGAUAAAUAUAUUUGUAAAUGUAUACACUUGAGUUAUGUGUUUUUCAUUGUCUGUGAUUUAUAGUAACAUACUUGAGUUUAUACAGUUUUAUAUUACUAAAAAGCUUCAUGCUAGUCAAUAAACCUUACCCACUCGAUAGCAUCUUGUAAAUUAGUGUAUUGCACUAAAGUUAAGAUUUUAUUGUAUAAAGUCACAGACUUGUACAGCAUAUGAGGAGUGAGAGAAUCCAUGUACAGCGGACAUGAAAAACGUUAAUUGUAUACUAGGUAAAUGCAAGCAGUAUUUGAACUAGUAUACUAAAAAUGAAUAAAAGGAAUUUACAGUUU